UAUUCUUUGCGCCUGCUGCUGCGCGCCAUCGAUUUGAACCAACACAACAACACAACGGAACUGUUGGCCGCCUUCACGUACCCACGACAACACAGCACAGCACAACACAGCACACACACGGCACACGCCAUGGAUGGGGAGGAGUGGCGUGUUGCUGCUGGCACUGGUACUGGCACGGCGGCGCUUUCAAACGCCUCAUCCUCUACUGUUGCCGCAAGCAGCGGUGGCGGGAGUCACAAUCACGACAUGAUGGCGGGGAUGUGGAUGCCAACGACCAUGUCAACAACAACACCAUCGUUCAUGUUUCCAAUGCAGCACAUGCCCAUGAUGACGGUGUCCAUCCCACAAAUGUCCAUCGUGACAACGUCGCCAACCACCAUGAUGCACGAGCCAUCACAACCGCCACAAUCACCACAGCCGCUGCAGUUUGCGUCGUCGUCGCUGCUGGCAUCGUCUGCUUCGUCUGCGACCACGCCAAUGCCACCUGUCGGAGACAACGACCUUGUGCUGGCUGGAAACUUUGACAUGCAGCCAAGCAGAGUGCAGCCAGGGGUGAUACCAACAGCAUCUUCAACAGCGGCCACAUCCACAAACAUGUGGGGAAGCGCAUCCGCAGCUACCACGUCAACGACAACCCGCUGUUUGCGGUGCGGUCGAUCUCUGCAGGAUGGCAUGUGCGCCCUCCGCUGUGGUCACGUGUAUCACGAAGCCUGCGCACAAUCCCUGGACAAGUGUACAUCGUGCCGUCGUAAGGCGUCCAGUGGCUUUGCCCACAACCGAUCAUUUGGCACGCUGUAUUGCCAGUCAGCAGCACAGGCCAAGUGUUGCAUCUGUCUGGACACCAUCUUGCUCAAUGGUGGCGGCGUCUUCCUUGGAUGUGGUCACGUCUUCCACGAGGAAUGCGUGUCGCAAGUGAGGGAGAAGAGCUGUCCCAUGUGUCGCGUUCCAUUCCGUCAGACCAAACGAAAGCGCAUCAUUCGUCUCUUCCUCGAAGACGAGAACUCUCCAGCGAACCAGACAGCAACAUCAUCAUCAGCAGCAGCAGGUGGAGGUGAUGGGAACACCGCCGGCAGCGAUGAUGUCGUGGCACAGCUGCUCAAGGAACGGGCCGCCCUCAAGGACGAAAACGAGAAGUUGGCCAUUGAGAACCGAUCGCUGAAGGUGAAUGUUGCGGACACACAGGAGCGGCUGUCGUCGAUGACACGGCAGUACAUGGACACGAACCAGCGCCUACAGGAACAGUCGUUCCGCCUCAACCAAAUGUCCUCAAACUACACGAAGCUCCAGCGCAAGGCCAACAAAUACGAUGAAGUGAUGAAGCAGCACCAGGAGCUCCUGAAGCAGGUUGAUGCACACAAGAGCGAACUGACUGCACUCCGCAGGGCUGUGAAUGUGGACGCCAACCUUUGGGCGGAUUGCGAGCAGAACGCCAGCGCAACGUCACCGCAGCAGAUUCUCUUCAUCAACAAACUCCUUGUUCAGACGCUGGCUGACAUGCGAAAGGCAAAAGCAGAGGUGGAAGCGAAAGUUUCACAGCGCGAUGGCAAAAUUGCUGCUCUUCAGGCGCAACUCAACAAGGUAACGAGCAAGGCCGGACCGCGCACCCUGCACACAAGCACACCGGCACGCAGUCGGAAUGCGACUCAUGAUGCCUCUGCACCCGUUCACCAUGGUAGUGGUGGCAGCGGUAGGACCAGGUUCGCUGGUGGUGCAACUGCCAAGCGCCGUGCUGCCAGCAAUGCCGUCGCUUUGACGACCAGCACCAGUGGUGGUGGUGGUGUGCGGUUGCCGCGCAAACGAGCCAUGAUCAAAGAUGAUGAUGAUGACGACGAAUGCAAUGGCGAUGGCAGUGGUGCUGCGAAUGGGAGCGGUGGGAAUAACGGCGCUGAUGUCAAGAGUGAGAAUGGUGGUGGCAAUGAUGACGACGAUGAUGAGAUUGUGUUCUUGGGUGAGACCAGGUCCACGAGUGUGGCGACAGCACCAACAGUCAAGCAUCGCACCUCCCACAGCUCACUCAGCCAUCAUCAUGACGACGAUGAUGAGGAUGAUGAUGAUGAUUUGCCGCCUUCAGGCUUGUUUGAGAGUGCGCGCCGUUCACGCCCGCGUGUGAAUUCCACCACAGACUCUGCGAUCGGAAGCACGAACACAAGCUUCCACUCGCCGGCCACACACGGCUUGAAGGCGUGUUCUUCUUCGUCAUCAUCAUCGUCGUCACUGGUGUCACCAUCCACAGCGGCACCAACACCAAAUGCGUCUGCUCCUCAUUCUUCCUCUUCUUCCUCUUCUUCGCACAUGUCGUUUUCCUUUCGCCGAACAAACGGUGCUUCUGCGCGCCGUGUGUCCAAUCUCCAUCUGCACAAGCCGUCAACAAAGCGAAAGAACUCCUUCACAGGCAGUUCAGUGCAGGUGAACUAUGGCUACGACGGCCUUGGAGGUUCACACAAGGUGAUCAAUCGAAGCACCAGCACCCCACGGCAGCUGGCGCCGACGCAACCACGCAAACAGAUGAAGAAGAAGAACAAGAAGAAGAAGAACACAUCCCAGAACAACCAAGAGGCCUCGCUUCUCGCAUCGUUCCUGCAAUCGCACACGCACCAAUCGUGACGACAACAACUGUGACGACUUGAACGAACAGAUGCUCUCCGUUUCCAUAUGUUGAUUGUACAAAACACAUCCGCGCAUAUGUUGCUUCCAUGCUGAUUGCAAGCUCACGCAUGUAUGCACCGGUUGUCUUCUCUCGCUCUUUGGUUAGAUAUACGUGACCAUGCACUUGUUCGCCCGCAUUUCGCGAUGUCAUGUUGCUUUUCAACUACCCGUGUGUGCAUACGAUGUACAAUAGGAUCAGGCUAGGCGUUGCAAUCUUGUCCCUACACCCUGCUUGUUCGCCUCAAUGAACACGCAAACAGAAA